CCAUUUAAACCCAGUAGGGGGAGGAGAGAUAGACAGAGGGAAAGAGAGUGUGUGGAAUAGGAAUAGGGAGGGACAGAAAGAAAGGACCUAUCUUUAAAAAACUAGGGGUAUCUUUUCCAUUUAGCCCGGCUUACAGUAUACCUUUGCAUACUGGUGUUCGGGCUAGUUGAAGCAAGACUCGCGGAUCUAUAUAUAUAUAUUUUUUUUUUUUGUGUGGUUUUUUUUUUUUUUUUUUUGCCCCGGAUACGACUGGACCUGUCUGGUGUUUUUUUUUUUUUUUUAAUUUUUUUUAAAUUUAUUUAUUUUUUUAGGUCAGGUAGUUGAACCGUGGAGCCGCCAGAGGAUAUUUGAAAAUAACAUUUCCUUAAAAUAAAAUAUAUUCAAUAUUUUAUAAGAUAUACAAGAAAAAAAGUCGAAGAUGUCGGGACAGAGCAUAACUGACAGGAUAACUGCAGCUCAACACAGUGUCACCGGGUCUGCCGUUUCCAAAACUGUGUGCAAGGCAACCACGCACGAAAUUAUGGGUCCGAAGAAAAAACAUUUGGACUACCUGAUCCAGUGCACCAACGAGAUGAAUGUUAACAUCCCACAUCUGGCUGACACGUUUUUUGAGAGGACUACAAAUGGCAGCUGGGUGGUGGUGUUUAAAGCUCUCAUCGCAACACACCACUUGAUGGUUUACGGCAAUGAGAGGUUUAUCCAGUACCUGGCUUCAAGGAAUACAUUAUUCAACUUGAGUAGUUUUUUAGACAAAAGUGGGUUACAAGGCUACGACAUGUCUACGUUUAUCAGGCGGUAUAGCAGAUACCUGAAUGAAAAAGCUGUUUCAUACAGACAGGUUGCAUUUGACUUUACGAAGGUGAAAAGAGGAGCUGAUGGGGUGAUGAGAACUAUGAACACAGAAAAACUGCUAAAAACAAUACCAAUAAUCCAAAAUCAGAUGGACACAUUGCUAGACUUCAACGUCAAUGCCAAUGAACUCACAAAUGGGGUGGUCAAUGCAGCCUUCAUGCUCCUGUUCAAAGAUGCCAUUAGACUGUUUGCCGCUUAUAAUGAGGGAAUUAUUAACCUGCUGGAAAAAUAUUUCGAUAUGAAGAAAGUCCAAUGCAAAGAGGGGCUUGACAUCUACAAGAAAUUCCUCACCAGAAUGACCAGGAUCUCCGAAUUCCUGAAAGUCGCUGAACAAGUUGGGAUUGAUAAGGGAGACAUACCAGACCUUUCUCAGUUUACAGUUUGUGCACCUAGCAGCCUUCUCGAAGCUUUAGAACAGCACUUGGCUUCUUUAGAAGGGAAAAAGGUCAAAGAUUCCACCGCUGCAAGCAGGGCCAGCACUCUCUCAAAUGCUGUCUCAUCACUUGCAAAUACCGGCAUAUCUUUCUCCAAAGUGGACGAAAGGGAAAAACAAGUGGCUCUGGAGGAAGAACAGGCUCGCUUAAAAGCACUGAAGGAGCAGAGGCUGAAGGAAAUGGCUAAGAAAGGUCCGUCCUCCUCGGCCACAACCGCAGGCUCUCCUGUCUUGACCACCGGAGCGGGUAUCUGUACAACGCCCGCUAUAGACCUCUUCUCAACUCCCAGCUCCACAAACAGCACCUCAAGGAUGCCAAAUGACUUGCUUGAUUUGCAGCCAGCAUUUCAAACAUCAAUGCAUCCGAUCGCAACUGUAUCAGGAGCUAAUACAUGGGGAGAUCCUUUCACUUCUACUGAUGCUGUUGAUGACUCCAUUCCAAACUUAAACCCUUUCCUUACACAACCUGUUGUCGAAGCUUCCCAUCUACCUGUUGUCUCUUCAGACGCUGUUAGUUUUUCUUCUAGGACACCCAGUCAUGAAAUGUUUGGUGAUCAUUUCAAUCCCUUUAUUGAUUCAAGCUCCUCUGUUGCAACAAAUUAUGAACACACAGUUCGGAUAGAGCAAUUUAUAUCAGACUCCUUUUGUGGUCCGCCAGCUUACCCUAAUGCUUCCCUCUUCCACACUGAGCCCUCUGCUGUAGCUGGUCUAUUUGGAGGGUUCACUCAGCUUCCAGCUCCUCAGCCACAGACCUCAGCAGGCCUUAACGUUGACUUUGAUUCAGUGUUUGGCAAUAAAUCAUCCUCUGCUAAUAACCUAGAUGCUGGUGAUGAUGUUUUAGGUGGAAUCCUGAAACCAACAGUGACUUCUCAAAACCAGAGUCUGCCUAUUUCCAAGCAGCAGGCAGGCAUAUUAGUGUCUGACGAUUUGGAUUCAUCGCUAGCCAACCUCGUAGGCAACUUGGGGAUUGGAAAUGGCACAACAAAAAAUGACAUUCAUUGGAGUCAGCCUGGAGAGAAAAAAUUAACAGGUGGAACCAACUGGCAACCAAAGCUUGCCCCGACCACUACCUGGAAUCCUGCAACUAUGAAUGGCAUGCAUUUCCCACAAUACGCACCUUCCGUUAUGGCAUUCCCUGCUACCACACCGACAGGAAUGGUGGCAUAUGGAAUGCCUCCUCAGAUGGGAGCCAUGCCUAUGAUGACGCAGCCAACCAUGAUGUACACCCAGCCCAUCAUGAGACCUCCCAAUCCAUUCGGACAGGUACCCGGCACACAGCUUUCCGCAGCUUCUAGUCCUUCCAGUCAAAGUCCUCUCAGAGCUCCGGAAAAGGACCCCUUUGCAGAGCUCUCUCUCAAGGAUUUCUUGUAGAGCGUCUUUAGAUGCAGUUCAUGUAAUCUGAAGGGAGUCGAUUUCGUUCUAAAAAGACGACCAACGCUAAGCAGCAAAUCUUUUCUUCUUUAAGCAAAAUUUACUUUGCUCUCUGUACUCUUCAGUGAGAAUACCUACACUAAAUGGACACGUGAAGGGAAAAUGUGACAUGGCAGUGGGAAGAAACAGUAUCUUGGUGGACUGAUGCAAAUUCUUUGUGUCUAACACAGUAACCGUUUUAGCUGCUGUUAUUACCCAUGAUCAGUAUCACUCCUCCAACGUGACAACUGUCAAGAUAAAAUGGGGGGGGGGGGGGGAAUCAAUCAUGCAGUGCUUUUUCAUUUAACUCACAAAAUUAGAAAUGCUAACUUUACAGGUAACUGAUUUUCAAUUUACUUUAUUUUUUACUGUAUACUAAGUUAGACAUUCCUUGUGUUAUUGUUUGUUUGUAUUUAUUUAUGAUUAUCUGUUGAAAUAUAAACAAAAUACUACAUCAAAAAUACUUCCUUGCGAGAAUGAUUCAGGAUUAUACAUAGGUAUGGUUGAUUGUAUCUGUUGAGUGACUGAUUUAAAAUAAAAUAAAUUAAACACCUGUAAAACUAACUGAUGGAGCACUAAAUAUUCUCCUAAACCAGUUUUAAUCAUGUCUAGUACAGCUCAGUAGGUCAGAAUCUCACAGCCGUACAUUUGUGUGGGAAUUAGGGGAGAGAAUACAAUUUAUUAAUCCACAUAGUCAAUUCUGUGCCUAGGAUUUUGCAAGGGAACAUUUAACUGACUAGCAAGCACUACAUUUGUAAUUCAUUUGGGAUGGAUCUGUAUUGCUUUAUGCUUGGCAUGUCAUUAUUUUACAUUUGACAAUUAUAUGGCUGCCUUUCCAAACUGAAUGUGAAGAGUUGCCUUCAUGUUACGACCAUCCUUCUACUUUGUAGCACAUAAAAGUAGUCUCGGCCAUUGCAGCAGAUGUAGAAGAAUGUGUACAUUUUCUUUGGUUACCACCUUUGAAAAAAAUGGAGAAGAAAUUCAUAGGAAAUAGUUUCUUUGUAAAUUUUUUAGUAAAGGGGUCCGGUUGAAUAUAAAGCUCAGAAGCACUGUUGAUCGGUGCUUUGUGUAUAUAUAAACAAAAUCUGUCAAUUUGAGGGGCAUAGUUCAGAGGAUAGUCUGAAAGAUGAAGGCAAUUCUGUUCAUUAAUUUAGCAUAUUUGCUGCAUUGUCCUUGCAAAUUCUAUUUUUGUUUAUAAAGAAAAUGUAUGAAAGCGGAGAUGGGUUGAUUUUCAAAUAAAGUGCAGCUUCCACAAAGUG